AUGGCACAAAGCGGAACUUCAAAGCGAGGUCGUGGCGGAGGAGCACACAGCACACGAUACCCAAAACUCAAGUUCCUCGGUCCCAACCUACUGCACCGCUACAUGUCCCGUCUCAACCUCCUCCACCACUGCAUGUCCAGUCUCAAUCUCCUCCACCGCCGCAUCAGCUUCUCAAUCACAAUCAGCUACCACAUAAUGAGCAAGCAGAUCGAAUCCCGUUGGAAGCCUUACUAUGCAUGGCCGUUUGAUCGUGAUGAGAAGUUUUUAGUUAAAGAGAUAGGAAAGAUUUUGCAAGACAAAGUUGAUGAACCUAACUAUAGCUGGUCGGUCACGCCUACAGAUGUACAAGAUCGUUAUUUCGUAACAUUAGCGGCUUGUACGAAAUGA